CGAACCUGCUACACAGAUGGACGAGGUGAAGCGCCUCCGGAUGCGCUCGAUGAGCCUGUCGGGCACGGCGCUGAUCGUGGCCACCGCGUCCUCCAAGAGCGACCACAUCUCGGCAAGUGCGUCGCGAAUACCUGUGCGUCGCCCGCGGACGCCGGUGGCGAGCGCCGACGCACCUGUCGAGAGCCGACCCGCGCCGUGCGACGACGUGCCGCCAAAUGUGGAGCCGGAGACUCAGAACGAAGCGAGGCUGUGGGCCACGAUCGAUGGCCUCACCAGCGAGCUCGAGGCCGUCGCGGCCGUGGCGGCGGCGCGGGCGGCGGUGCACGCGGCCCAGUUGCACGCUCUCGAAACACAAGUGGCCGCCACGACCGCCGCGCUCGACCGGCUGCGCAGCGGCGUCUACGACACGGUCGCCGCCUGCUUCUUGCACGAGCUGCAUACGGGCGAGGCCGACGCCCUGGCCGAGUGCAUGGUGCACGCGACAGAAGGCGAUGACGCGGCGCUGACGUGGAUUCAAAAUUGCUUUGGUCGACGGCUCCUUGACGCGCCCCGGCACCUGCCGCCGGACAAGGUGCCCGACACAGCCGUGCUCUACAUGGAGAGCGCCGCGCGCGUCCAAGCAGGCAUUGUCCCGGACGACGAAGACACGAUGCCGCUUCCGACGCUUUCGCUCGAGGCGCCGUCGAUUGCGUCCUUGGCCUCGCGGCGGUAUCAGCCGACGUUCGUGGACCGGUCAGCGCCCUUGCGACGGUGCCUGCGUACGGUGUUCGAGCGACUGGGUGCCCCCAGCGAGACGCUCAAGGUCGUGCUCGUGCACCCGCCGCUUUGGACAGCGUCCGAGCGCGCGCGCGUCUCGCGCUUGCUCUUGCACGACUUCUGCGUGCCGGCACUGCUGCUGACGACGACGGCCGAGGUCGUCUUGCGAGCGGCGGGCCUCUCGAGCGGCGUCGUCGUCGACGUCGGGCCGUACUCCACGACCAUCGUUCCCAUCUACAACGACUGCAUCGUGGCCCACGCGACGAUGAAUGUGCCCGGCGGCCGCGAUGCAGUCCUCAGCGCCACCUGGGGCGCUUUGCGCGGGCAUGGCGCAUUUGAUGCCGUCCUCGACGAGGAAGACCAGCAUGACGCGGCCGAGCACCUGCUGACGAUGCAUGGGUUUGUGGCCUACGACGUGGCCGCCGAGCGCACCAAGCAACCAACGGACGUGCACAUGACGUGGCGCAACGAGCGCCUUUGCACGUCGUCGGCGGUGCUCUUUGAAGGCCCCGAAGAGCUCUUCCACCCGAGGCGUUGCGACGACGGCAACACGAGCCUCCAGGAUGCGCUCAUCUGCGCGAUCGACCGCUGCAACCCGGUGGUGCGCGCCGACCUCGCCGCGUCGAUCGUCCUCACCGGGUCGCUCACGUCUCUGCCGGGGUUCAAGCGGCGACUGACGCGGGAGCUGAUUCUGCUGCGCCACGACCUCCUCGGGCAGCUACAUCUUCACGACGGCAACGGGUACAGGGGCGCGUGCACGCUCGCGCGCUUCGCCCACGACGACGUGUGGAUAGUAGGUUGAGACGAGUUUUCUUACAGGUUGCAUCAUCAUCAUAUUCUCGUUGUGUACAUACA